GCCAUAAGCCAAAACAACAUUGCCGCUACGUUCAUAAUCAGUCAUGAUGUAAAGAUAUGUAGAGUCGGAACACGCCGACUCGAUAUGCCUUGACACCCGUGCAAGUUCAUGUGUUAAGGCAUUGACCAAAUGUACGUUACGUAUACGAUGGAGCACUAUAUGCAUGCGUUCAGUGAUACCAAUUCGAGCUCGCUGGUACUAUAGAUACCCACACAAGCGAAAUUGCUGACGUCACAUGUCCGUGUGGCUCGGCGAGCACACACGUGUGCGCACACGUACGUGUGACGUAAGCAAUUCUCGCUUGUGUGCAUGCUUCCCCCUACCACGGAGCCCUGGUGCUGGCCGGCUCGAGUUUGCAUCACUGCAGCGAACUCAAAUUGGCAUCACUGUGCAUAUGAGAAAGGGGAUGACCCGGUUUUACUAAAAAAGCGCGGUGAUUCCUGGUGAUUCCUGUACAUGAAGUGUUGAACAACACCAGAGUAAUUACGAAUUUCAUUAUUGUAUUUUAUGCCACUCUGAGUAUUUGAGAUAUCUUACGUCGGAAAGUGUGACGCAAACGAUAAGCAAUUCUAUAUCGACAUAUGAGGAAUGGACCAUUCUGCGGAAUCUACGCCGUCAAAGAAAAUAUGUAUUUCGGAAAAUGUGAACGACAUGCAAUUGAAAGAAUGUGUGCCCCAGCAAUUGCCUAAUGCAAUAAAACAAAUGGAUACUACAAGUUGGAAAUUACUACAAAUGGAUACUACAAAAUGGAAAUUCAAGAAAGAAAAACUUUCUCCGCCAAAAUUAACAAACUUUGGAAGCCACAUAGUUUCUAAUGGGGAAUACCAAGUUUUAAAUAAAUCACACAAGUUAGAAACUGUAAAUAAAUUGCAAAAAUUAAGAAUAUUGUCUCCUAAAGGACGAGAUUUAGGGGAAUUUAAUGUGGAACUGCAGGCUAAUAAUCCAUUAAAAGGAAAAACAGUUAAAAUAAUUAAAUCAUCUGUCGAAAAAGUCCCAAUAAUUUCUUUAUCAAAUAAAAAAUUACCAUUAGUAUGUAAGCAAAACACUCCUAAAAUAUCACAAAUUAAUUUGGUACCAAAUAGUGAUUCUACUUGUCACAAAACUGUAAUAACUGGAGAAAAUAAAAUAUUGACAAGCAUACUAACAUCACCACCGCAACAUUGUGUAAAUCUGCCAAGAAAUGAAAUAUUGACAAAUAGUUGUACUGCUGAGAUCGAUAAAGAAAAGCAACUACGUAAUAGUGUUAUUACAUAUUGUGAGAGUGAUAAAGCUUCUACAAGUGGAAUAAAUUUAAAAAAUUCUGUGUGUGAUAACAAUGAUAUCACUAAUAACAAUGAACAGAAUCACAGUGAGAUAAAUAAUAAAAACAAUUAUUUAAAAAUUAAAGAAGUGACACCCAAGAAUAGUGAAGUUUCUACAGAUGCAAAAAUACCGAUUCACGCAGAAGUUAAUAAAUCACAAUUCCUUUUAGUAAAUUGCAAAAAGCAAGAAAUAAAUUCUAGUAAUGAACAAUAUGGACAUUUUAAAACAGGAAAAGAGUGUAUUGCUGUUAUAAAAAAGACGAAAGAUGGAAAGAUAAUUACAUCUUUAAAGAAUGUUCGCAAGAUUGACAAUUUAAAUCAAGAUAAUUUAGACAACAACAAAAAGAGGUUCUACAAUGAGAAAGUCUCAGAUAAUAAAAAUAAUUUAUUUCAAAUUAAAUCUAAAUUAGAUAACACAAAUAAUCAAGUGCACGAAGUUAAAACACAACAAAAUGUUAUGACAGUUAUACCCAAUAAUGAAAAAUGUGUUGAUCAGAAUGCAGUUUUGUCACAGCAUGAAUGUGAUGCUGCUGUAUCAUCUGCAAGUACUAUGACUAUAGAUGAUAAAAAAAAAAUAAAACAAGAUACAAAGAGAGACAAGUUGCGAACUAAAAGAAUCUCACAAAAAAUAUUUACAGAUUGUUUGAAUGCCACAGUCGAUAAUCAUACAUGUAAUUCAGAAAUACAACAUGUUGCUGAUAUUAGCAAUACAAAUGUACAAUCUAAUUUACAAAACAAGACUUAUCAGAAAGACUAUCAUGUGGACUUAUCAAAUCAAUAUGAUAUUAUUCAAAAAGCAAUGGACAGUGUAAAAGAUAAUGAAUUACGUGAACUAGCAAUGAAAGCUCUAAUGGAUUGUGGAAUUGGAAUUCAAAGAUAUAUUCCUGUACAUUCACUAGAACAACAUAAAUCUGUAUGCGAUACGCAAGUACAAACUGAAGUAUUUGGUUUACUCGAUCCAAAAUCUUUUAUAUUAAUAAGCAAAGAUAUUGACAACAUUAAUAGAAUAAAUCAAAUCAAUUUACAAGAUAUAUCUGAUAGUCAAAAUUUAUUGUCAACAAAUGAUUUAUAUUCUCACGUUGAUUCUACAUCAAAAAUUUCUGAACAAGAUAUUUUUAAUGUAAAUUUCUGGAAAUAUUUUGAAGAAAAUUUGGAUGUCACCAAAAUAGAAACUACUUUAUCGGGCAAUGAAAAAUAUAGAAAUCUUGUAGAUCAUUUACAAAAGGACUUUGAAUCUGUUAAACAAUAUGAUCAAAACGGCAUGUUAAAUAUACAUAACGCUGUUAUAAGCAAUAAUAUUCAUCUUGUUCAAAGACAGCUAAUGAUACUUAAGUACUGUAAAGAAAGCGUCGAUAUAUUAACUAAAGACGAAUUGACAAGUUUAGAAUUGGCAAUUAAAUAUGAUAUACGCAGCGAAAUCGUAAAAUUGUUAUUGGAGGCUGGAGCGCAACCAGUGAUACCGAAGUGCAUACGUGAAUCGGCAUUAAUUAUUGCUAGCAAACAAUCAUCACCGUUAUUGCCAAUGCUCAUUAAAUAUAUCUCAGAUUUUAAAUUACUCGAUCUAAUAGACUCAGAAGGUCUUGCAGCUUUACAUUAUUGCAGUAUGCAUGGUAAUUUAGAAGGAGUCAACGCAAUUUUAUCAGCUGGUGGAAAUAUAGAUUUAAAGGAUAAAAAAUCAGGACGGACACCUUUGUUUCAUGCAAUAGACAAUAAUCAUACAGUGAUAGCGCAAGCAUUAUUAAAAGCUGGUGCUGUCGCGAACAUUGCAAAUUAUGCGGGACAAACUCCUUUACCCAUAAUGACUGAUACGAAAUGUGCACCCUUCAGAAUAUCGAUGUAUACAGAUAAGCUAUAAUUUUUAAUCAUUAUCUUUAUCGCAAAUAUUUUAAAAAUGUAACGUCAAGUUAAAUUUGUUUUAU